AAACAAGCGCCUAUAAAAACGCCUCUUAUUCCAUGUAGCAACCCUCUGACGCAUGCGCGCUGCGCGAGGUCGAUAGCGGCAAGCGUCAGUACGCGGCGCGCCGCCCCCUGAGCGCGCCGCACGGUAUCAUGACGCGGGCCCUGCUCGCGCUGUUCCUCCUUGCCGCUAUAACCCUCAGCUAUGCCGAGAAGAGUAAAUUCUAUUACAUGGACUCCUUAUGCAAGGACCACUUCCUCCAACGACAAUAUCGGAAGCUGGACGGCGGGGUACUCUGGUCGCGGAACGAGCGCAACCUUGACUGCACGGUGACGUUUCAGACUCACAGCAUCCUGCAGAGAUUCAUCCUGCACUUUGACCUGCUGCAGCUAGACUGCAACGAUCAUCUGUAUGUUUAUGAUGGAGCGCAUGACACGGCGCCGCCGAAGGCCGACCUAUCAUGCCGCAACACGAAGCAGCAAGUAUCUGUGCUGUUUACUAGAAGCAACUUCGUCACGCUAAAGUACGUCACGGACAACUGGGGCACCGACGCGAAUGGGUUCAAGCUUGUCAUCACGGCAGUUAAGGACCCUAAACACGGAUGCAAGGAGUUCAGAUGUGAACAGAGCAAAUUCUGCGUGAGUGCAGACUUGACAUGCGACGGUGUGGACCACUGUGCUGAUGGGUCUGAUGAAAACACCGCUGCACUAUGCCCAGAGAUUGGCGGCAGCGGCGGUCGCGGCGCGUGGGUAGUGGUGGCAGCUGCGAGCGGCGCGCUUCUGCUGCUGGCCGGCGCUGCUGGCGCGUGCUGCGCGUGUAGAAGGCGCGCAGACCGACGCACGCAUCUACAGUUGCAACAACUGGCGUCAAACGGCGCCAAGCCCGGCUCGCCCGCCACCGUGCUGCCGGGAAACUGGGCGCUCCCUGCGGGCCCGCGCGGGUACCUGGCGCGCCCGGGCCGCCUCCGGGCGCGGGCGCCGCGCUGAGCGCCCCGCCCGCGCACAAGGACGAGUGGUUCGUCUGAGGCGGCCCGGUCGGGCCCGCAGGGCGGGGGCGCCGUACCGGCCCCCUUCCAGAGCAAUACAAGUAAUACAACAUACGACACGAGGACUGAACGUGGAAUUUUGCAGUUUGUUGAAAAAUUACUCUGUUGGCGUCCAGCUAAUCUCACCGAUCCACAGUGGACCCAACUUUCUGUUGUCGACGAUAGCUUUUUUAUUGUUCUAAAAAAAUCUAUGAAAUUUAGUGAGGAUCUUGAGAUAAUCAGGAGUAUCCCGACCAAAUAUUACAAUUAUUUGUCAACACUGUAAGGAGUUAUCAUUGAGAAACAGAAAAUAUUCAUGUCCGACCACAAGUAUGGCGUCGUUCAACAGUGCGAUCGAUUUUUGCUGUGAUAUAUGUAUUGUACGUCGCUAUCACAGAAAUAAAUAUACCAUAGAAGACGCAACUGCAUCUACUUAGCGUGUCCGAACCCCGACCAAGCAUCGAGGUUGACCGUCGCUCUUUACAGUCCACGCGCGUCGGUUGUUGCAGCCGGACGUCCGUGAAAACUUAAAAAAUGCUUCGUUGCUUGAUAAUUAAUUGCAACAGCCCAAAAAUUGCGAGCACCCAAAGGCAAGAACAUAUUUCCUAUCACAGAUAAGUAAUUUUAAAAUUAUAUUAUGCGUAAAUUUUGUAUGAAAAAGUCGGCACGCUUGGUUUCAAUACAAAUCAUUGCAUUUGCGUCAUCUAGCGUAUAUAUUAAAUCUGUGGUCACCAUCAUCAGCAGGAGCGGCCGAAGCGCUUAAAAAUAUCUCUUAAUAACUUUAGCGUCUUUACAAAUUAAUGCUUUGUUUAGAUAUUUGUGAACACCUUGGCCGCUUAUACCUGAUGGUUAAUGUAACGUAUGUAUGAGUUUUUUUCUAUGAACUGUAAGAUUAUAAACGACUACCCUCUUUUCAGUACGUAUAACACGAUUGAAGAAGUGCAUACAUUUUUGCGAAUUUGUAUGCCCUUUUUCUCUAUUUCCUAUCGAUGGAUACUGAAAAGUCUGAUUUCAUUAUAAUCAUUUUAAAUCAAUUCUGCAUACAUACAAAAUGAAUGACGAAUCGGUGUGAAUGGUUAUAUACGAACUGUAAUAAGCUUCAAACAUUAUUUUAUUCCCAAAAAUACACAAUUUACCUUUAUAUUCAUAAUUACAUAAAAAAAUUGUGAAACUCAAUAAUUUCUCAAUAUAUAAAAGUAUUACAAAAUAAAUGUAAAUCGCGUGUGAUUUGGAUAUUAAUUAUUUUUGAAGUUUCCAAAUGUUAGUGUAAUAUAAAAGCAGAGCCGUGAGUGCAACUAAUUUGCACACAACCACGUGCAAUGUAGUUAUGGGAGACUGCUAGGAACGUCGAGGGCACACAAUAGAUCUUCUUUAUAAUGUUGUCUUAGAAAUGAAAUGUCUAAAAAUGAACAAGUAAAAGUUUUGCCCUGAUACCGAAACUUUCUAAUAUUUCUCGCACGAAAACCGUGUGUUUGGGGACAGGAAUUGGGAGGGUGUGCGCUGCGGCCUGCAGGUGUAACAAGCGGGAGUUCAUUUCUCUUCCUUGGUAUUAUGUAACUGUAUCUAACAAGCAUUGAGAUCAGUAUUUCACAUAAAUUAUCAGUAAAACCUUUUCAAGGAGCAUUAUGAAAUGUCUAAAUUGAGUUGUCCUCGGCGAUAUCCUUAAAAAAUGUCCUAGUGUAAUCUAAUUUCAUUCACACAUUACUUGAAAUUAAAAAGUGUCGAAUAUCAAGCCUAAUUGAGAUUGUAACCUUUUAAAUAUCACAUAAUGUAAGUAAUUGUUAAGUUAUUCAAGGACAUGAUAAUUGAUUAUAAUUGUAAUAAAUUAGUUAUUUCUAAAGCUAUGUUGAGAACAGUUGGGAAGUGAACGGACAUGAUGUUAAACCUCUUCCUACUUCUUCCAUAUUACAGACAGUAGUCAAAUAAUUAAAUUUCCGACACAUUUUGUACCUUGUCACAAUGACAAUCAAUGUGAAAGUCGAGAUAGUUCAUACUAUUGCCACUGUGACUAGGUACAAAAUGGGUCGGAACUUGAAUUAUUUGACUGUACCUAUUAUACUAAUAUCUGCCAUUUUUGUUUUUAUGUUCCUUAAUGUUCUAUAAAAUAAUGAUUCCCAAAACCGAAUCUUAAAAUUGAAAUUUGCUAAAGAUUUUUAUCCUUUAUUUACCUCAUUUGUCAUCUUCCAUUUUUCAGGCAAUUUUUCUGAAUAUAAUGAUACUUUGAGGGUAUUCCUGUACCUUAAAUGUAUUUUGUACUUGUGUUGUUCAUGUACCUGACUGGUACUCUUGUACUUAACGGGUAACACAUCUAAAACUUGAUGUGUACAUAUAAAUAAAAACAAACUUAGCAUUUAUUAAGAAAUAAUUAAAUCUGUCAGCUAACCGCUAAACUGCCAUGUUUUACCCAAGCAUUACUACAAUUAGAAAUUAUUUGUUUAAAUGAUGAUGAUGAUCAUACUUUAAGCCCCAUUUUAUAUGAUGAUAUGAGUAGAUACUUUUCAACUUAAAUAAGCCUAUAAUAAGUACCUCAAAUAGAUGUCGGUUCGAUUCCCAGCUGAUUUCAUUGGCACUAUCCCCGCUUCCUAUCCCCUCCUUUCUACCCCAGUACCGACCCGCAAAGUGCUAACAUUCUAAUGUUACAAUACAUAGCCGUUCUAGACUAGAAUACGCAGUUAUAUAAAAUUUACCGCAAGAAUAAUAAAUAUAAAUCACAGACAAUACUAUCAUAUCAUCAUUUAUCAUAUUAUUAUAUAUUAAAGUGGUUAUCGCUAUUAAUUAAUAGCAACACACGAACUGUAUAGAAGCGAUUUUAAACGAGACCUCAAAUCAUGAAGUCGAAGUGGAAAUUCAAGUUUCGCUUCUAUACAAAGUUCUUUAUUAUUCUUGUGGCUAGCUACAUUUAUAUCAUGUUGUAAAUAAACAUUUCGUGGGACAGUCAUAUUCUAAAUAUAAAAACUGCCUCAUCUUUACUCAAUGUUACCCUAUCAUAUUUUUCAUACUUCUAUUUCUGCGAAAAAAAUAUCGAGCAUUUCUUUAAAGGAUUUGACUGUACCUUUUCAUACAUAACAGUUACACAUAUAUAGUAGUAAUUUGUAAGGGUGUAACUCUUUUGUUCAGGGUUGACAUUUUGCAUACUGUACUAUUCUUACAUGAAGACGAUAGAUACAUUCUUAUUUACCUCCAGCAAUAAAGCAAUAAUAUGUAUAUUAUAUACGAAAGUACUAUAUAACAUAUCUUUAUACACGUACAUAUCUUGGGCCGAAUGUCUACCUAAUGUAAUCGUAAUAUUAUUUAAAGAUAAUAUAAGCAUUUUAUAAAUAUAGCAAAAUAUUUUAUAAAAAUACUAAUUUUAUAGUUAAACUGAAAUACAGGCAUUGAGAAAUGAAUUAACUUACAUACAGCGCUUAUUAAGAAGCUUAUCGGAAAAAUAAACAUUGUUAAAAAGAUAAGUUUGAAAUUAGCACAAAUGAUGUGUCAUUUACCAAUGAACGUAUUUCGGUCUAGGUAAAGAUCGGCGUACGUAUUUAAUAAUUAAAUCUGAAUGUAUAACUUGUAUUCGUGUAUGUUAAAGAGGCCUGUGGAAGCGGGGGGGCGCGGCCCGAUGUACUGUCUCCGCGGUAUUGUACACUACGGGUAUUGCUGUACCAAGCUGGUACACCAUAAGUAACUUUGGCUGAAUAUACUCAGUGUUAACAGAUAAAAAAUGUUUUAACAACAAAAUGUGCUACUUUUACCAAAUUUGCUGACGUUCAAGCGAAUAUAUUAAAACCGUACAAGUGUCAAAGAAGCGUACGAAAUGCAGAGAAAUUGAGCAAUAUCAAUAUGCUUCGACAAAAAUGUAGUUUUAUUCAGAAAAGUAAAACUAUAUUAUGUCUGUCUUAUUACAUAUUGUCUGUUAAGUACGAUUGCUAAUGUUGAUACACUUUGCAGCAAACACUGUGAAACUUACCGUACUUACAAGUACAACAAUACCCCGAUUAAUACUUAACGAGUACAGUGCUUCAACGGUACAUGUGUACUAGUACAUGUACUAGUGUACCGCGUGGGUACGUACCGACCCGAUGGGUCAGGACACAAAUCUAUCCGAAUGUAUCUAAUCUAAGUUAGCGAAGAUUUUUUUAGGUGAAUUUUUACUCGUUUAGGGGACUCGUGUGAUGUCCAAUUUUGGUGUUGCGAGCGCAGUGUAAAUUAUCAAUAUGACAUUAAACAUUUUUGGCUUAUUGUUCGUA